AGCAGUUUCUAAGGGGUUUGGAAAGCGUGAGACGUUAUGCUAUGGGAGAACGUUUUGAUAGGUACUCAGAGUAUAUGGUUCAUUUGGGGAACUUGGAAUUUUGUCGUGUCUGCACUGCCUUCGAUCACUGUGGUGGUGGUCGUCAACCUAUUUGGAUCACCACCUUCCAAAUUGUGGACACUCAAGGUGGAAACCAUAUCAAGACCUUGCAUUCAGCUGUUUUUGAUGUGGACCUGACCAAUUACUACAUCUAUUAUAGCUUCAAUCCAGAUUGCGAGGAUAACGAACCCAAAGGAGAAGAAACUAAGGGACCACAGGAAAAGAGAUGCAAGCGGAAAAAGAGAUGCAAGCGGAAAAGAGACUGCAUAGAGUAGAGAGUUUAGAGUUUAAUCACC